AUUCUCUCUAUCUCUGCUUUUCUGUCUCGCUCCCUCCCUACUACACAGUGAUUCGGUGUACAGUACCCUCUGUCAUUCUGUGCUGGCAUGGUGCUUGUGCAACUGGGACUGCAUUAUUAUUUAUUUUUUUGCUAAAGAGGCAAAGGAAGAAUAGCGCAGGCAGCUCGCUCUUUUUACUGUCUUCCGUUCCCUUUUGAAGUGGUAUCUCAAGCCUGGUGUUAAGCAGGCCCGAGCCCCUCUUUGCUUUUUUAUAGUCAAGCCGAAUUUCUUACGGAUAUUAUACUUGAACCAAUGAAUUUCUGUUUGACACCUGUUCCCGCACAAAGGGAGUCAUCACCGCCUACAGUACAGUGUAGGUGGUGGAGAGGUAGGAAAAGUACAAAAGGGUGAGAGGUGGCUUGCUUACCUGGCUUGAGUGGCUCUUCUGCUCCUGCGCUAUUUUCCAUAGAUGGAGGGGGGGUGCACCGAGAGCUGGACUACAGCGUCCAAGGUUACGGCAGCAGAAAUUGGUCAAAUUAUGAAGUGCAAAUUUACAGUGGUACCUUAAUUGAGAAGAUUAAGCUCAAUUUGUGUUUCCGAUUAAAUGGAAUUGAUGAAUCUUCGACAGUGGUCACUAGAGUGGGCAGCUAGUUGACCCUUAAGACUCGGCCUGAACGAUAUUGGAAAUAAUAUCAUUGCGAAUUUUGGGGUGUUUGCGAUAUAUUUUGAUAUUAUAUUGCGAUAUAGUAUAAUAAUAUUAGAAAGAAAUUAACAUAGUGAUAUAUGUUGCCAAGGCACCACACUUACUUUUGCAUUGGUUGCACCGAACUUUUUUAAAGUGCACUAGCACUCUUCAACCUGGGCUGCAAAUUUAACGAUGAUUAACAAAUUUGUGCCUUUGAUCGUCGAGCUGCUGAGGCUUCCUAGGCCAGAUCAAAGCUGCAAAUCUGUCAAUCAUUGUUAAGUACCAAACCCCAGCUGCACACUGACCCAAAAAAAAAAAACCAACAGUUUGGUCGCACUGCCUAGCAUGAGGGGAGGUGAGAAGCUGGCAUUAUACGAGGAUGAAGCAGAAAAACAUGAAGAUAUAUUUUUUUAUUAAAACCCCAGUCCUUUUCACCCAAUUCAAAUCCUCUGAAAAAUGGCACGAUCAGCCCAAUUUCUGAUCACGUGAUCAGAUCGGGGACUUAUCUAAUGUAUACAAUGCCGUUUAAUCCAGGCUUGUUGUAAAUAAAAGGGACCCAGGAUCUGCACACUUGUUGCUUUUAUGAAGUAAACCAAAAGUUUACAUGUAAAAGAAAAUUAAAAAAAAAAAACAACUGCACGUCCUAUGAUGUAACUAUUGCGCAGGCGCACAUUGCGAUGGCGAUGUUCAAACGAUAUAUUGUAAAGGCCUUCCUAAGACCCUUAACAUUUUAUAGGGCAAGUGACUUAAAAAAAGCCUUAAAUAUUAGCUUUAAUGAUUAAUUAUACAUUUUUAUAUUAUUAUAUAUACAUUUCUAAAUUAAGACACUGUUAUUCAAAGCUAAAUGAAUGAAAUUAAAAUGUAGCAAAAGAGAAAUGCACUGUGGUUAUGUCCCCAAGUAACACUAUAAAGUUGAAUUUUUUUUGUUUCUGUUUUUUUUCUUUCAUAGCAUUUAACUGAUUACGUGCCAUUCAUGGCAUUAGACGUUUAAUCCAUUUUGACUGGGAGGCGCGAAUAGAUAAACUCUCAAAUGAUUUGGACGUUUAAUAGUGACAAACCUAUUGAUAUUCACAGCAAAAGGAUGAAAAGAGUCGCAUUGUUUGAUGUCUUGACGUUAAUUGAACAUUUUGUAUUUGUGUGAUUUAUCUUACACUUUGGGGGGGGGGGCGGUCAAGAAUGCAUCUGCGCGUUAUGUGCUCAUUUUUGUUUUGACCGUAUUGAAGAGAUGACUCACAACGCUUUCAAGGUACCACCGUAAUUUCAUAGCCCGGUUACGAUCAAUGUAAUGAGCUGGCCCUUUAAGUUCGGCCUCUUGGAGCUCCUCCCCUCAGCCUCUGGUUGUAUGUCAUUCAUAGGCAGCUAGAGGUCUGUGGUACUUGACUCGGAUCUUUUACUCUUGUAUUUCCCCCUCUCCCUUUUGAUCUUUGCUCCUCUAACAUUGGUUUUGCAUUGCAUGCAUGGUAGCAUUCAGUACGACGCCACUGAUGGUCCUCCCUACUCUCCUCUCCAAUCAUCCACCCCUACCCUUGUCUCACCUGACCCCACCUCCCAAACCCUGACGAUAUGCAGUGGGCACCCUCGGAGCCAAAACGUACUACAAUCACCUACACAGACCCUCUGUCAAUGAUUGUAGAGGAAACCAGAUGAAAGCGAAUUCUAUUCCCAAUCAAUCAUUCAAUCAAACAACUAAUAACUGUUGACUACCCUUAUUCUAGUUCCUUAAACUCUCCUCUUAAAGGGUUUUACUCAGCUACAAACUAAUUUCAGGUUGAAGAAUUGGGUCAUCGGAAUGAUGAGGUAAGUAUACCCUCUGUAUACGUAUAUUAGCUGUACACACACACAGAGUAGAAGAUUUAGCAGUAAGUACUAUUUACUGAGUAACAACCAGUCAACAGGCAUUAUGAGUGUACGUGAUAAAAAUACGAACAGAUAGACCACUUUUUAAGUGUGUUCAUCUCAGAAACUUACAAAUAUAUUAUUGCAUUUUUAAUUUGAGCCAAAUCAAUCAUGUUUUUCACAAGUACAUUGAGAGGCCAAACUUUCUUACUUUCAGUGAGGACUACAGAAUUUUAGUUUUUGGAGGCUGACACUUCAUCGUAAUAAGAAGGAAAUGGCAUCAGCAAGACGUGAGAUAGUGGUCUGAAAUUUCACGAUAUUUUCAAUGGCAGCCAAUGAAUGAAUGGGAAUGGCAGACCAAUCAGCUCAUGAGUUUACCACUAGUAGACGUCCAAUCCAUUUGAACUGGGAGGCUGCCAACCCUCAAACCUUCAAAUGGAUUGGACGUCUAGCGCCAUCCCUGGCAUCCAGUGGUCUGAUAAAGAUAAUGAAAAGUAGCAAAUUAAGUAUGACUCAGUGGAAAAGUAGUGUUCCUUGUUGCUACAAAUAUGUGAGUAUAGUGCUGCAACGAUUAAUCGAUUAACUUGAGUAAUUCGAUUAGAAAAAAGAUUCAAAUUCAAUUUCGCUGCUUUGAGUACUUGUUUAAUUAAUGUGGCGUUGUAAUGGUUUGUUUAGAAAUUGUUUGCAUUUAGUUUUAUUGAUUUGGGUGGAUACACUGCCUUCGAGUGGCAACAGGGAAUGUGACAUAACUCAUUUCACAUGGCUGAAUCCAGCUGCUCCCUGUUAAGACUAACAUAAAGUGAGUUUUUGUUUAAGGUAUUCCUUUUUUUUUUUUUUUUUUAAAUACAUUCGUAAUUUAGUUCAAGUUUUUGUUUGAGCUAAUGUUUUUUUAAUGCAUUUGUAAUUUAGUUUAUAGGUAUAUUGAGUUGUUUUUGUGGGAAUAUGUGUUUGAACUAUUUGUUAAGAGCAUGGUAAAAAAAAAAAAGUUAGCAUUUUAUAGCAUUUAAGCUAGCAGACUUUUGCUAUUUAAGUUAGCCAAAUGUUCUUUUGUUCUACUUAUAUCCUAUUUUUUUUUAAUACCGUUUGAAGCUCAGCUGAGGUAUUUUAAUUUUUUAUGUUCCUUAUGCGAUUACUUGAUUAUUCAAACUAACUAGUUCAUCGAUUAAUCGACUACUAAAAUAAUCGAUAGCUGCAGCCCUAAUAUGAGUUAAAAGUAUGUUAUAUUAAAUCUCCUCAGAGGAUUUCCCUCCCCCCAAAAGUAUUUGAUUGUAGCCACCUCUUUAUUAUGCAUUCACCAUAUACCCAAUUGGCUGCAUAGACCGCUGAAGUCUCGAGGUGGGCUCCCCUGCAUAUCCCUUCCCUCAGUCAUUUCUUUGCAAGGCACUGUGCCGAUAACAGCACAGUGUACACUUUCCAAAGCCCACCCCCCAGUUUGUAGAGGUCUUUUGUUUGGAUAACAUUUUCUGCUUUCUUUUCUCCUGUUAUUAACAGUUGGUGGAUUUUUGGGGGGGUGGGGAAUUUUUGAUAUGCUUACCUUUUCUGUUUGUAUACAGUGUUAGCAGUUUUAGAUUUUUUUUUUUUUUAACUAAAGAAAUAGAGAAGCUAGCAGAAUUGCAGUUGAAAGCGUUUGGCUGGUUUCUUACGUUGUGUCACGUGUGACUGUUUUUUUGACAGCCCAGUAUUUUAAAGCCAGGUUCGUAUGGAAAUGCCUUCACUCCACUUGCACUGCUGUUGGACUCGCCGUCUUUGCCUUCAUCCGCCCGCCCGUCCUUCCGUCUGUCUGUCUGUCUGUCUUUUCAUUCUUUUGGUGCACUCAUAUCUAGUCGCUCCCACACGCCACCGGCACCUCAUCUCCACCGACAGUCUCAAAUCUUGCCCUAACCAGCUCUUCCUGUUUUUAAAUGUUGAUUAAAAAGGACAGAAGAUAUGUGCUACAACAUUGAAGGAAAGUGGAGCAUCACCCACAAUCAGGCCACUCGCUUGGGGAGCUUAUAAAAACCUUGUUACAAGCCUUAGCUAUUGCCUCUGUCCUAAAAUCAAUAAAGAUGUUAUUGUAUCAUAAUACUGCAGUGUGGUACCAAGAGAGGUGUAGUGGGAGGGGUCAAACAUUCCCUGCAGCAAACUGCACUGCAGUCCCCCCACAUACAAUGAAAUCAGCAAACCACACUGAUAGGAGAUGCUCCUCCGUACUUCCUCGCAUCCUAUCUUUGGAUUUGUCUGCCAGGUAGUUGUACACAGCAAAUGUAUAUCCCCAAAUUAUUAGUUUCUUUUCUAAUUAUAAGUUACUGGUAUCCUUCCAUCCAUCUAUCCCUUUCAGCUUUUAAAUUCUUAAAAAUUGGAAGUAUCAUCAUCAUUAUUGUUUUCCAAUUGGAAGGCACUAAAUUUUCCUACCUGUGCAACAAUCAUAACUGAUUCGCAAGGUCAAAAAUGGAACGUCUGCAACGUAAAGUAUAUUGUAGCUAAAUUAACCGCAAUGCAUCCAUAGUUCCAUAAGUAUUAUUACUAGGGCUGUCAAACGAUUAAAAAUUUUAAUCGAGUUAAUCACAGCUUAAAAAUUAAUUAAUCGUAAUUAAUCGCAAUUCAAACCAUCUAUAAAAUAUGCCAUAUUUUUCUGUAAAUUAUUGUUGGAAUGGAAAGAUAAGACACAAGACAAUAAAUCAACAAGAUGGCAUUAACAUUAUUAACAUUCUGUUAAAGCGAUCCAUGGAUAGACUUGUAGUUCCUAAAAGAUAAAUGUUAGUACAAGUUAUAGAAAUUUUAUAUUAAAACCCCUCUUAAUGUUUUUGUUUUAAUAAAAUUUGUAAACUUUUUAAACAAAAUAAACCAGUAGCUCGCCAUUGUUGAUGUCAAUAAUUACACAAUGCGCAUGGUGCUGAAGCUGGCGCUUGGGUGCAACACAACACCAAAAAACACAAGUAACAAAUGGACAUGACACUGUGCUGUCAUUUUAAUCUGUUUGAGCGGUGCAUGUGGAUUAAAUGCGUCAAAUAUUUUAACGUAAUUAAUUUAAAAAAUUCUUUACCGCCCGUUAACGCGACAAUUUUGACAGCCCUAAUUAUUACGUAAAAAUUCUUAACAUAAUGGCUUUUUUUUCUCUUAAUAUUACAACGUAAGGCUUUAUAAUCAACAUACUAUGACACUAUUGUUGGAUAUUGUUUCUUUCGGGGGGUUUUUGGGCCUAAUACUCCAUCGUACAUCGGUACUGUUGGGGAUGGUAAAUCCCUAUUAUCUUUUCUCAAUAGCGCCGUGUAACGCAACAAUUAGCUUUUAAGUUUCGUUUCCCCAAUUGACAACAGACACAUGAAAUGGGAAGUAGCAGAUGAUGAUGCUUGCAGAAUGAUCAAGUCUGAAAUAGUUGGAACAAGCUGAAAAAGCCAUCCUAAUUUGGACAUUGUGGGCUGAGAUGUUGUGCCUGCUGCGUGUAACGGCAGCUCCCCUUCACAUGUGCUAACCUAUCAAUACCAACACACCUCCUCUCUGCCAUGGCUCAGCCUGUUCUCUAGUGUGCCUUGUAGAGUACAUCUGACCCAUACUUAAAGUCACAUUUUAAAACAAAACAAAAAAACUAUCAGAAAGGACCCUGUUGAGCCAUCCAUACCUACACUCUACGCCUGAUCCGCCCGAGACUAACACACUUGGUGUUUUGUUAACCCACUCCCUUCCACUCCCGCCUACUCAGUUGUAUGUUUGUACCUUUGGCAGUGUGCUACUAAUACACACAAAGCUUUUUGUUGAAACCAUUUUAACAAAAAGCCGCAUGCAGUUUUUUUUCUGUUGUUCCAACCCCCUUCGCCAUCCAUUUUCGUGAACGUUGACGCCAAUCUCCUUGUGAUUAUAAAUAUCCUUCGUGUUUGGUUUGUAUGUUUUGCUUUUUUUUGGUAGAAUGCAGCACUUUGGUGAAUGUUAGACAAGCCUGGAAUAGUUAUAAUCACAAUAGAACAACACGUGUAAUUAAGGAAAUCUCAUUGUCAUGUUUAUUUGUGCUUGAGGUUGUAAUGUAGUGUGUAGUGUUGGGACAGUCUUGCAUUUCACUAAAUGUUUUACGUUUUUUUUUUUUUUUUUCUUGCUGACCCUGACUAGUGACAUAACAGUUGGGAGACUUGAACAUUUUGCCCCAGAGUGUUGAAGGAAUUCCUGUUAUGCAUGUUCGUGAGUCAUCGUCAGUUGGAGGAUUUUGCCAAUUACAUAAACUAUUUCAGUGCCACUGAGCCAUCAUGUGGCUCUUUAAAAAAAUACAACUCUUUAAAGCAACACUAGGUAACUUUUCAACCUUUAUAAAAUAUUUUCAAAACAUAUCUGAUAUUAUGUUGACUGACAACUAGUUGAAUGACACCUCUUUUAUGUCUUGAGGGGGGUCUGUAUCGCUUUCACCGGCACUAAUUAACUUUGAGGAGGGUGGCAGGAACCCUGCCGCAUAAAAAAAAAAAAAAAACCUGCAAAUGUGCUGAGUGCUUUACGGCAUACGUCACUUUCCCUAUUCAUUAUGAAGACGGAAGUUGAUGCGAACGCUUUUGCGCGAAAUCUGCAAAGGUGGCAGAGCAACAAAAGGAAAAAAAAAAAGAUAAAAGAACAAGAAUAGAGGUGUGCGGAAUUUCCGAUUCUUAGAUUAUUCGCGAUUCGGCCAUGGAUGAUUCGAGAACGAUUCACAAACAUCCAAAUUCCGAUUAUCGAAUUAUGUCAAGUAAAGCGGAACUAAAAUACAAUCAGCGUGGUCUUCGGGACGCAAUGAGGAACGGACCAAGAGUAAAAAACAUGCUCAACUCAUGCCACUAGAUAAAAAAAACUAAUAAUACCUGACUGCGGCUGACAGCCGCUACAAACUACGCCCACAUAAUGCUACGGUAGAUAUCACAUGUAUAUAGAACUUAAGGGAGUUCCAAAAAAUCGAAUGCGUCGCGAUUCGACACGCGACGGUUCGAUUACGAUUCAUAGAGGUGCAAAAACAAUGAUUUUCUCUAAUAACUUUAUUAUAGCCGCUCAUAGCGGAACGAAAUUCAAGACACGUCUGCCGCCUGGACACUUUUAACGGACGCACGCACAACGUUAUGAUGGAUGGUGCCGGUUACUGAGCGAGAGAUUUACUCCUUUUCAAAAGACUGGAAAAUAAAUUUGUGUAUGAGACAGGCAGACCCGGCGGUCACGCUUCUGUGCACAAGUUAUUUUUUCGAGCGAGAGGGGAAGAGAGAUGGUUCGUUGCUCCUUGUCUUUCAGAUGUCCAGCAGUAGUUUCAAGUCAUGUCAAUUGAAAAAUGUCCUGAGUGCGUUGCUAAAACCCAUGUGCGUCUAUAAGAGGUGAGUACACGAACCCUCUUGUACUGUUUAGCCUUUAUUGUUGUUAUUUUUGAGCUGUUAACAGUUAACAGCGUUAACAGCGCCGAGCGCUUAGCUAAUUAGCUAAUUCGCUAAUGUGUAUUUCAUAUGCAGAACGUGUAAAACCAUGAUUAAGUACAGCGGUAACACUACAAACAUGCGAAAUUGUACGGAAAUCUGUGAAAACAAAGUGUAUUGGUUAAAAGAAGUGUCAUUUCUAAAGACAAUUUGUUUCCAGAAAAUGUGGAAUUCAUUCCACCUGUGUAAAUUUUAUUGUAUUGUUGAGAGAAAUAAGUACUGCCUUUAAAAUGGUUAAUGUUUUUGCUCUUUCUUGUAAAAAAUUAAAAAUACAAAAGCAGCUUAAGGGCAGCUUUUUGUUGUAUGGGCAUGUUUCCAUUGUUCCUGUUGAAUGAUUCGGAUAUUUUAAAUUAAUAAUGGACAUAAAUUUGUUUGGCUACUUUAUUAAUUAGUAAUGCACGAUGCAUCGAUGAUCGUUAUAACCGUGAUCAUCGUCAAUACCGUGAUCAUCGUUCAAUAAUCGAAUCGUAGCACCCUGAAUCGUAAUCGAAUCGAAUCAUGGGGUGCCUAAGAUGGCACACCCCUAAUAGAACUAGAUGCGAAAUUACAGACUCGCUGGCGUUAGUAAACAGCCGCCAUCUUAAAGCAGUAGACUUCUCUGGAAGGCUUUUGUAGCGGACGUUCCGAGCGAACCUAAUUAACUAAAAUAGUCUAAAAUACUCCUAAAUCGGCAAAAUCCUGACUUGAAUCUAUCUUUGAAUGAUGAAACAGUUUUAAAACUUUCACAUGUCGAAAGUAGACACAAGGGAAAUUAUGGAAUAACUGGAGCAAUUUUAACAACUUUAAUGGUUAAUUCACAAUAUUAAAUUAAUUGAAUGUACUUUAAAGCUGCUGAUAUAGAAAGGGGACUUGAUUAUUUUAUUUACUGUUUUGAAAUGUUAACUUGAUACUGAAAUGUAGUUUAUUUAAGCCAUAGAGGAUUUUUUUUUGUUGUUGCAAUUUUUGUAACUACGAAACAUUAAAAGCAGCUAAUAGCUGGGGAGAGGGUGCAUCAAUAAUCAAGGGAGGGGAUUGGCUACAUGGUUGCUAACCAUCAUAUGCUAUUGUUUAGCCACAACUGGAUUCAUUACCUUAUUACUAUUCGUCCUUCACACAGCCGCUGGAAACAGAAACAUUGUUUAAUCGGUUGAGUCGACCAAAACUGAAAAGUUAGCAAGUGUUGCUUUAAAUGUGUAUCACUAGUAGACGCCCAUAUGAACUGGGUUAUUUAGAAAAUAACAUUUAAUUUUGGGUGUUUUAUUUAUGUCGUAUCGAGUAACGAGAAUUUUUUUUCAAUAUCAAUGUAGAAUAGAAAAUUCUAGUAUGGUGAUAACAGUAUGAAGAACAUGCACAGCGGUAAUUUCCUUCUUUUUUUCCUUUUUUUUUUUUUUUUUUUUUAAACCAGUGGGGCUACAUGCAUACAAUGUCUCCCUCUUUUUGGCCUGCACAUAUUCCCUUCACGCGUGCACAUUGUGUCCACCCCCCGGGCCUUGUAAUGGUAAUCCAAGGCCCCGCUAGCACCACUCCUGUCUCUUCCUCUGGCUUUUUUUGUGACGGCUACUGUACGUGUUUCAUGGUGCUCCCCCCGCCACCUCCUCCUCCUGUCAUUGUUACAGAAUCACAGCAAGCUUGGAGUUUCUGGUCGUCAUUUUGUUAAUGCAAGAUUUCCAUACUUGUUCUGUGUCACUUUUCUUUGUUACUAAGAUCUUGCUCUGUAGUAGUUCAUAUAUAUCUGUGUGCGUGCGUGUGCUUGUGUGUGUGUGAUGCAUAUAUUUUCCUCCUUCCCCUUUCAACUUUUAGUGCUGUUCACACACUCCCAUGUUGGCAUUUAUUGUAGUGUGCAGAUUACACAUAGCCUUACUUAAUAAUUGAAAAGCAGCGCCCCCUCAGUCUCCCACACCUCUACCCCCACACUUGUGCCGGAAGACACACUUUACGUUGACGUGGAUGACGUUAAUGACAACGGUGGUGGUGGUGGUUGUGCUGAUGAUGGUGUGAGCUGAGUGCUUUGUUUUGUCGUUGUGUGAACCGUGACUCCACGGAGGGAAAAGCUCCUCUUAUUAUUGGAAUAUUUCUGGUUUCUUUUCUCUCUCCUGUCUGCUAGGACAACAUCGGGCACCGGCUGCUUCAGAAACAUGGCUGGAAGUUGGGCCAGGGCCUUGGCAAAACCAUGCAGGGUAAGGUUUGUUGGAUCCCCUUUGUAUGUCUGUAUGCGUGGGUGCGCGCGUGCCUGUGAGUGGGUGUGUUUUCUUUCUCCUACUCGGCAGUUCACCUCAGUGUAACCCUUUUUAUUUAUUCAUUUAUUUUACAGUAUACUGUAGGUUAAAAUCCUCUGUCAGCUUCCUUCUCCCUGCUUCAUAAUCACUAAACCUAUAUCUUAAUCUGUUCUUAAUGUGAAAUGCUUUGAUUUGAACAAGAAGAAUUCAUUGGAAUCAACGUAGCGCUAAAAAGCUGUGAUUUGAUCACACCUUCUAGAAUCAUCUUUUACCACUAGCUCAAUCUCCCCUUCUUUGAGUUUUCCGCCGCUGCUGUCGGGUAUCUGAUUGGCUGCGACCGCCGCUCGGACUUUGAAUGGCUUGCAGAGUAGACUGAACUUCCUCCCUCUCUGCUUGUUUGCCUGUUUAAAACAACCUGUUACACUUGGAUGUGUGCGCUUAUUACGCGUGGGACUCAUGAGAUGUGCGUGUGAGUGAGAAUGUAACCAUAACUGACUGGGCCAUAGUGUCAACUUACAGGGAAAACCUCACCACCCUUCUACAUCCUCAAUGAUUCUAUUGACUUGGUUACACCCAUCUACUGUAUCCUCCCCUAUUACUUUGCCCCCGCACGGCAUGUUUGUCCCAGAGGUACACUGUUGCCUGGCUUUGACUAUCACACUCCCUCUGGGCUUCAAGCAGUGUUGCUGUCGCUGCAGUUGAUUAGCUUUGUGCAAAAUGGCCGAAUGAAGUGUAGCACAAAUCCACAGUGUGACUUAUGGUCACUAACGCACCGCAUGCACUAAAGGCAUCAAGCACUGCUUAAAGUCCGCUGGGUAAAAGUACUUUUAUUUGUCAUGUCUUUAGCGUUUUGGGGUGAGAUGUUUAAAUACACCCUGGAACUGGACUAACUGGAAUGUGUCCCGUGACAAAAAUGAGUUACCUCUGCUUUAAGGGAAUUUUGCUGCCCAAUUGUAAGAAAAAUGGCCUUCCCUGAGCUCUUAUCUCUGAUUUGGAAGUAUAUUUAUCCCAUAAUACAAUGUGGACACCUGCGCUUUAUAGGCCACUGCGGCUUAUAUUUGAAAACAGUUUGCUUGUGGGAUAUGACGAGUCCAGUCUAUAGUUCAAAAAUUGAGGUAAAUCCAUUUUAACUUAUUGGCUGCCAUUAAUGACGCGAGACGUCCAAUCCAUUUGAAGUGGGAGGGCUAACACCAAAUGAACAAAUGUUCAUUCCCCGCCAUCUUCAGAGUUCAAAUGCAUUGAAAGUCUACCAGUGUUAAACAAAUUUUGUUUUUGAACUUUUUGGCUGCCAUUGAAGACGUCUAAUCCAUUUGAACUGAAAGGGCUGGCAGCAAAUGAACAAAUGUUUAUUGUCUGGCCCCCUUUCAGUUGAAAUGGAUUGGAAGUCUAAAAUUUUUAAGAGCCACAUGAUUUGGCAUCUAUUGCCGUCAGUGGUAGCCAAUAGAUUAUAGAGCAGUGGUUCCCAAACCGGUCCUCAAGGAUCCCUGUGGGUCCUGGUUUUUGUUCCUACUGAUCGAGCACAGACCGUUAAACCAAUAAGGUUUCUACUAAAACAAGCAGCACCUGGCUACAAUCAAUUGAUUACCCUUGUAAAACACCAGAUUGGUACACAUGUAUCGUCCUGUUUUGUUGGAAAGAAAUCCUGCACCCACAGCGGCCCGAUGUGGAAUAGUUUUGAAACCCCUGUUAUAAAGGGACUUUAGUCUGGGUUACCAGAUCAGAAAUGACAGCCUCCAGCCCAAUCACGCCAUAAAACCUGCCCAAUUCAAUAAAAACCAGCCCAAGUUACAACCAAUAAUUGCGGUUUCGUCGAUAAGCAUCAUUGGAAAUGUUUAUCAAUAUAAAUUGCUGUCGAAGUACAACUUUGACAGUAUUUUCUAGCGCGGAUUUCUAUGUGCAUUCUGGAAAAAGUAUUCUGUAGAGAUUCGUUUCAAAAGCAGAAGCAAAUCCACUUUUCACGAGGGAACGAUUCAAAACACUCCAGAAUUUGCAACAAAACAAAACAAAUGACAGUACAUCCAACUUAAUUUUAUAAGCUCAUUUUAGGAAUUAUUUUGUUAAAUUUGACUGUUCUAUGAAUUCGAAAAUCCAUAUAGUUCACAGCUCGUGCGUUGUGAGGCGCUAAAAUGCCAGUUCAGUUGUCUCGAUACUUGAUACUUAGAGCGAAGAUGCGGCUGUAAGCAAGCAACGUAGCAAAAAUAGCCCAAUAUUUUAUUUCUCCCUUGCCUUGAAAAGGUGGGAACCUGCCCAAUCUGGCAAUACUGACUGUAGUUCAAACUCUGCUUUUAGGCAUUUUGAUCCAAAUCUUUUGUCCUUAUAGUGUAGUCACAUUGACAAUGGGCAAAAUAGCGCUUUAGUGCAUUUUCUGCUGAUUUACCAAGAUCAGAUAGCAAAGAGCCAGGGCACUGGGACCUGUGGUUUGAAAGUGGUGGUGGUGAGAGUGAACCUGUAAGCUGUGUUUAAAGGGAUGUGGGUGGGUAUGGGGUGUUGACACACUAAGCCCCUCCCUCAGGUAAUACCCCCCUCUUCCCAACAACCAAGCCCCACAAAUCCACACACACAUGUACACACCCAACCCCGUCCUCCCUUCUCUAUGUGUCUCAAUCUUCCUGCUUAACCAAUUGGUGUUUCUUUUUUACAGCGAUUUGAUCCUGCCCAUGUUGUGCUGAUGGUAAACUUAGUGGACGCACGGACCCCGUGCCCAUUAUACUUAAAUAUGAUGUCAUGGGAAUGGGACGGAUGGAGAUGGAGAUGGACUAUGCAGAGGAUGCAACAGAGAAAAGAAGAGUGCUUGAAGUGGAAAAAGAGGAGACAGAGGAACUGCGGCAGAAAUACAAGGAUCAGAUUGAAAAGGAAAAGGCAAUCGCGAAAGCCCUGGAAGACCUAAGGGCUAAUUUUUACUGUGAACUAUGUGACAAGCAGUACACCAAACACCAGGAAUUUGACAACCACAUCAACUCCUACGACCACGCUCAUAAACAGAGGCUAAAGGACCUCAAGCAGCGGGAGUUUGCUCGCAACGUGUCGUCACGUUCCCGCAAAGGUGGGAAGAAGCAGGAAAAGAUGCUGCGUCGUCUGCACGAACUGGCUGAGCAGCGAAAACAGCAGGACUGCACGCCUGGGAGUGGACCCAUGUUCAAAACCACCACUGUGGCCGUAGCUGGUGAGAAGGCAGAAGACGGAGACCGUUUUGCCCAUGAAAGCGCUCCUGUAAAAGAGAAAGCUUUAGUUGCAAAAAACAGAAAAACGGAAAAAACAUCUCAGAAGUCCACGUCGUCGUUUAGCUUCUCCCUGGGCAAGAAGAAGAACUGUUCCUCGCCCACCACCAGUGCGUCCUCCAAAGUCAGCGUCUCUUUUUCCUUCGCCAAGAAGACACCGGUAAAGCUGGAGACUGCAGCGGCGGUGUUUACCGAUCCCAGCGAGGAGGUGAUCGAAGGAGAAGACUGUGAGGAGAGUGAAAAGUCUGCGGCGGAGCAGGACGACCCGUCCGCCUGUAAUGUCGACAGUCCGAAAGGAGGCUUGCGGGGGAGCGACGGAGGAGAGUCCAGCGGUGGGACCGGGACAGACGAGACACAGCCACCCAAUGACGAAAGCUCACUGGCUUCCACCCUCAACAAAUUGAAAAUGAUGAUGAUGAUGAAGAAGGAGGAGGGCAACACGGGACAAGAGCCUCAGUACUACCACUACAUGCCACCAGCGCACUGUCGAGUGAAGCCCCACUUCCAGUUUCUGCUCUUCAUGAAGGCAUCUGAACAGGGUCAGAGCAAAGAAGAGGAAGAGGAGGACGAAGGGCAGGAGGAGAAAGUUGAGGACGCUUCUCAAGACACAGACUCCAACACUGUAGAGUGCGAGAAUCAAGAAAACAAUACUACCACCAACACCACCCCUGAAGCUGAAAAGAGCCCUCCAGCCUCCAAACCACAGGAUGGGGACGACGUUCCACACACGGCGAAAACGACUCCCGAUCUUCCCGCUUCCCCUGCGCUGAAAGAAGAAAGCUCGCCACCGCCGGAGACUUUGGAGCCCGACUCGGGUCCCAAGAUCCCAGUGGGUCCGUUCUUUCCCGUGCUGAGUAAAGAUGAGAGCACCACACUGCAGUGGCCCUCGGAGCUCCUGGAGUUUACUAAAGCGCAACCCUCCCUGUCCUACAGCUGCAAUCCUCUAUACUUUGACUUCAAGCUGUCUCGUAACAAAGGCCCGCGCGCCGCAAAGACCGCAAAGUCUCCGAAACCGAGCGAGCGGCCCGACAAAGACAAGCAAAAUGAGACAACUCCCUCUAAAGUGGAACCGCUCCUUAAAACGCAGCCCGACGGCGACCAGCCCACCGUCAAGGCCGAGCGCGGCCAGUCGGAAGCAGACGACGGGGAGGCGGCGACAAGUGGCGGCGGCUCCAAGAAGAAGAAAAAAAAGAAGAAGCACAAGAAAUCAGCAAAGCGGUCCAAGCGCAAAGCCAAAGAUAAGGACGCGGCGGCGGAAGACGCUGAAGGCGAGACGGAGCCCACUCAAGAGACACCCAAGAAGAAGAAGAAACACAAAAGAAAGAAGAGCAAAAACAAAGCAGCCAAUCAAGAAGAAGCUGCGGGGGAGGCAAAAGAGAAAGCCAAAGUCAAAUCUGCAGAUAAGCCAGAUCCUUCCUCAGAGCAGGCUCAAGAGCGAGGAGUUCCACAAAGCGGGAAGAGGAAGCGCGUUCUGAAGGAUCCUCCUAACAAGGAGGAAGGCGGCACGGGAAAGAGCCACGAAAAGGCUCCUCCCUCUGAGGAGCAUGGCAACAACAAGCGAAUAAAAACAGAGCCCGGUCUGACCCAGAGCGCCUCUUGUUCCUCUUGGGCCCAGAAGAGCCCCGGCUCAGGAAGACCUCCCAGCAGCGAGAGCGAAGAGGAAGGCGCUUCCGCCACCCAGCGUUCACGCCGCCGCAAGUCCAGUCCUCGGGAAGAAAGGCGUCACCGUAGCGAGGAGUCCGGGCGGUCCCGCAGCCACUCAUCUAGACGUGGCGGCGGCCGUCGGCGGAGCCGCCGCGGGAAAACCUCCCAGAGUCGCUCGUAUUCCAGCAGCUCUGAGCGCUCCUCGGCGGGCAGCAGCGCCUACAGCCGUCGCAGCCGCAGCUACUCUGACAGUUAUAGCGACUACAGCACAGAGGGACGCCGGCGCGGGCGCUCCAAACGAUCCUCAGACUCUGACUAUGAGAGGAGGGGCGGCCGAGGGCGCCGACGAUCAGGACGGCGGCGGUACUCCACAUCUUCUUCUGAUGAUUCCCGCUCACGCUCGCGGAGCUACGGCCGGAGGAAGCGACACCGACGGCGGCGACGCAGCACUUCCGGGAGCUCUAGUGGCUGGAGUCGUAGCACCAGCGCCAGAAGUGCCAGAUCCUGGAGGCGCAGCUACAGCCGGAGCCGCAGCUCGGGCAGCCGCUCGUCCAGCUCCGCCCCGGCGGGCUCUCCGCGUCGGCGGAGCGCCCGUGGGAGCGGCGAGGCCCUACGCGGGGACUUUAACCGCUCCGGCGUUUAUCGCUCCCAGUCUCCGCGAGUCGCCUCGCGCGGCCUCAACCGUGUCGUCGCCGGCUCGCAGACUCCUCGGUUAGGCGCCACCCGGGACGCGGGCGAGUACAAAAACUCCCUCACGGCGCGCCAGCUCCUGGAGAAGAUUCAGUCCAAAAAGAAUUCGGACGAUUCCGUCACGGGCACCAAAUCGGGUUUAAAGAUCAAGGAUCCGCCGCAGGGAUACUUUGGCCCCAAACUCCCCCCUUCCAGCAAAAGCAUGCUGCCGCUUUUUGGUAAACUUCAGACCGGGAAGAAAGCACCCACGAUACCCCUUAGCAAAACGGACGAAGGUGAAAAAUCUGGGGCGGGUAAGAGCGCCGAGGCCGACGGAGAGGUUAUCCUGGUAGAGCCCAUAAGGGAGUUCCCUCCUCCGCCGCCACCUCCACCGGUGCAGAAAGUCGAAGUGAGCGAGACGACGCAGGAAGAGACGAGUGCUGACACUCAGGUAUUACAAGAACCCCGGCUGCUGUACGAGCAGGACUCCUCCGUCAUGAUAGCUCAGUACCAAGGGGAGCAGGAGCCCCCGAUGGAGACCCUCAUGCCCGACAUGCAGCAGCAGCAGACCCCGAUGCACGGCUAUGCCGCGUACGCCCCGACCGGCCUGGAAGAGGACGGCCUGGAGGCAGAGGAGGACGGCCUGGCUCCCCUGGAGAGUCAGCCCAUCACGUUCACGCCGGAGGAGAUGGAGAAGUACAGCAAGCUGCAGCAGGCGGCGCAGCAGCACAUCCAGCAGCAGUUGCUGGCAAAGCAGGUCAAGAGCUUCCCGUCGGCCGCCGCGGCAGCCGUGGCCGCCGCCGCUGCCAAUCUGGCGCCGGCCCCGCCCCCUCCCGCCCUACAGCAGAUCCACAUCCAGCAGCCAGCCGCGUCGGCGGCAUCCGGUACCUCCAUCGCCACUGUGCAGCACGCCAUCCUGCAGCAUCACGCCGCCGCCGCCAUGGGCAUCCACCCGGCGCACCCGGCACACCCCGCCCACGCCCAGCUGGCCCAGGUGCACCACAUACCCCAGCACCACCUGACCCCCAUUUCCUUAUCACCUCUCGGCCCCGCCUUGGGACACUCGCUGGGGCACUCGCUGGGCCACGCUGGCCUUAUUCCCGCCCACCCCACGGCCUUCCUCUCCGGGCAGCCCAUCCACAUUAUCCCGGCCUCGGCGCUCCACCAUACACCCCUCGCUCUCCACCACGUGCCCCACGCCGCGCUCUACCCCACGCUCUUCACGCCUAGACCCUCGCAGGCGGCAGCAGCGGCUGCGGCUCUCCAACUCCACCCGCUCCUUCACCCCAUCUUCUCAGGGCAGGACCUCCAACAUCCACCUAACCACGGUUCCUGAGCAGGGGCAAAGUACGAUCGGACGCUCGUUCCUCCCUUUUGGAGGAUUUUUCAGAUAUAUAUUUUUAAAGACGAUUCCAGACACUGGUUAGAUUUUUCCCACGGGGUACGUAAACAAGAUCCAUUUCUCAAAUUUUUUUUAUUUUUUAAACAAUGGACUUUUUGGGGGGGGGUGUUUUCCUUCAUUCUACAACCGGUGACAAACAAACUGCAAAACCGUGGGAAAUUUUCAAAAAAGGAGGAUGAUAAUACAGGGGUGAGGGACCAUACACAAGUUUACAUACACAACAUAAGACAAAGCUUUUUUCCCCAACUCUGUUCGACAUGGGUUCCCUUGUUUUACGCUAAAAUAAGACAACCAAAAUUAUUUCUAUAUGCCAGAAUAAAAAGUCUUUUCAGACAAUUAUAACUUUUUUCAAAGUUAAAUUUCGCCAUAUACAUUUGACUAGUAUUUGACUAGUAAAUUCUGACCCAUUCUUGCUGAUGGAAUUUGGUGUAACUGAAACAAGUUUGUAGGUGCCUCAAUUUAUAUAAAGCGUUUAUUUACUACUACUGUAUACUUAUGUACCAUAUACUGAGUAUCAACAAUAGUAUUUUAAAGCAUUUUUCGACAACAUGUUAUGCUCCCAGCUGGCAAGAAAUGCAAGUGAAAUGAAAUGAACAUCAAUGACCUCUGGAGGGCAUUCAAGGACUGGCCAGACAUAAAUUGAUAACAGUUCACUUCAGAAUUAAUGGUUGAAACAAUUUGCUGUGAUGACAUUACUUAUUGUAAUGAAAAUACAGUGACGGGCAAAUAAUGCAACUAAAGACAGCGAUGCCUCAAACAUUCAUAUAAACGGAUAAACUGGCAGCCCUGCUUUAAUAUGACUACUUUGAUUUAUUUGCAGUAACGUGUACAUAUAUAAGUGUGCAAUGUGAAGAAGAAUUGCACCAAAGAGUUGGUCGCCCCGGAUCAUCACAGCAUUUAUUCGCCCCUUAAUUUGCAACGCCAGGAGACAUUUCUUGCACUGAAAUCUUGGUCAAAGAUUGUAGUAUACUGCAAUAAUUGUAUUUUUUUUUUUUUUUCUGUUUUUAAAUUAUUUUCCAAGAAGGAAAUGUUUUUGUUGCUCUUUGUGCAUUCGUUUGUAAAUAAAGCUGCUGUAGAUUAACCUUUAA